CCCGACAUAACGGUAAGACACCUCUAUACGUAUGUAAAUUAUGUAUUUAUACAGGUACAUGUAAGUGACACGCGGUGUGUGUCGUCGCUAAGCCGUCAGGGUUUGACAAUCAAUGACUGUCACUAGUAAUAGAACCCGACAGGUGAAUUGUGUCUGUAGGAACGUGGACUAAGGGACCCGGUAUCACAGCCACUCAUUCACUGGCAAUGUCUGUAUUCGACUACGGUCGUGUGUUGUGAAAUGACAAACAAGAUAUGUAGGGAUGUUUGUUACUGACAGCUGAAAAAUAUAUAUAUUUAUGAAAGGUCACGUUGCUCUAACGAAAUAGACACCGGAUAUUAGAAAUGUCUCACAGAGAACAUCGGACAUCCUCGUCAAGGCGAUCCCGGAGACGUGAAAAGCGGAGCGUGUCGGAUGAUUCCGAUGAUGGCGGCCGGAUUGUUGAAGUGAGGCGACGUCCGGCGUCGGCAAGCGACCUCCGACUUCCCGAAUAUCGUCAUAACACCAGUGACGAGAAGGGACAGAAAAAGGCACACCGGAAGGAGAAAAAAAUCACGCGGAACACCAGAGAGGAACGUACUCUCGAAUAUGUAACAAAUAGUGGACAUCACGAGCAGCGCCGACCCGUAACGAGGGCGGCGUAUCAGAGUGACGGCGAGGAGAUUAAUGACAGUGAUACCGGAAGUGAUAGUACCGUCCGGCGCAUGAAGGAACAUAUGCGCUACUACGCAACACAAAAUACCCAGGCUGCGUCGGAAACAGGCGAGCGACGCAUUGUGUACUAUAAUGCGCGUAACAAUGGCCGUCCAAUGUCGGACGUCGGCACACAGCUCGUGCAGCAUGUCCGACAGGACAGUAUGCGAGAAAACCGACGUGUCAGCAGACCUCGGUCGGCAUUCAGUGAACAGAUCUUACAUACACGAGAUGGCGACCGUCUUGUUGAGCUGGAGAAACGGGAGGAGGGCAACAAAGUAUAUUACAACUACCGCCUGAAGGAAGAGGCCAAGCCGCCUCCAGUCCCAGUCAGACGCAUGCGUAACGUGGGGGUACAAAUGACCACUAAAUACGUUGUUGAUCAACCACCUCCGGUCAAAACCAAGAGCGCCGGUACCCAGACUCCGGCACCACCGCCCAAACCUCGCCCAAGGACACCUCCAAGACUGAUUAGAGUAGUUCGCCCAGAGACACCUCCUCUUAGAGUAGUUCGCCCAGAGACACCCCCUCCCGUGGAGGUUAUGGAGCCCGUACCCGCAGUGAUUCCAAAGGCCAAGUCAGUGAUGGUGCGCGUGGGAGGAGGCUGGAUGAAGGUCGAGCAUCAUCGCAAUCAUCACAUACCUGUCAAAGUAUACGAACAUAAGCGACGUGCUAGCGCUGACGAUAACAAGUUCCUUUUCAUUAAGUCCCGGUUCGCACGGAAGAAGAAACAAGAACCACAGUACAUAUACGUGCCCAAGACCCGUCCAAAGCCGGUUGUCGUACAUACCGAACACACCGGACGCGCAGGGUACUUGGUGUCCCAAAGGAGAAAGUCCUUGACGAGUUCCAUGCCACUCAGGGUCAUUGAGUACGAUAACAACAGGAGUCUUAGGGACAAAUAUAUUUACGUCCGGCCAAGGAGUGCAGUCGGACGCAGCAAACGGUCAUUUGUACCUAUGGGAUACGAAAUGUACAUGGAGCGACCAUACACAAUACCUGAUUAUCCAAGAUGAAUGUUUUAAUAGUCUAGAGUUACCCUCUUCGCUGCUUUUCUCUCCGCUAUGUGGUGUAGUGUAAAGGAGACACCUAGCGAUGUAUGCAAUUAAGUAUCUGCCUCAAAAACUAUCAAUAAACCUUUCGCUUAAGCAUUCGAUCUUUGGACGUCACAUGGUAUUGUAAACCGUGCGCAUGAUCGGGAAUUGUGUUAAAACUUAGUCACGUGAUCAUUAGUUACGCAUAUAUGAUCAUUAAAACGUAGAUCUGCAUGUAGAACAUAUUUAAUAACCUAACAAUUUUAAAGCUGGUGAAUUUCAUUGAAUCAUGGGAAAUAUUUGUGACAUACGUAUAUAGAUAGUGGGAUAGAAUGUUUUGUUUUGUAUGACUGUGAUUUAUCUUUGCAUGGCCUUCACAAACAUUUAACUAAUCUGAGUUGUGAAACUAUAGAAAUGAGAAAAUUGUGGUAAAAUUAGUGCCUUGCACAUUGCCUCUUGGCCAAGCUAAACAGCUGUGAUAUCUUCUUAUGUAAACCAAGCAACAAAGCGGAGAAUCUCGACAGAAUCGGUACACGCGGAGGAAUAACACCUGUACAGAAUAGAACAUUAAUUGCAAUUUGCAACAGAAUCUCGUUAUUUAGGACAAAUCUGCUUCCGGUACAAUAAAAGUCAGGACGAUGAAUUAUCUUGGUGAUUGACUUUAAUUGAUACCCAUUUCCAGAAGUGGCUGUUCAAAAUAUAAGAACUAGGAAGCUGAUUUUCUUUUAUAUUACUAAAGUUCGUAUUAACGAAAAUCCGAUUUACAGUUCUUUACUGUCAUCGAUUACAUUUUUUCGCUUUAAUUUCUUAGGCGAGCAAAUAAAAACUUGUUCACGUCGGUUUUAUUACUGUUCUGAUUCAGAUUUCGUGAAAACAUGGAUUCGCAAAAUUGGAAACAAUAUGAUUUAUCAUACAUAGAAGCAACCAUUUUAAAACAAGUUUCUUUGUCGAGCUCAACUAAGCUUAAUGCUAGAAAGAUGUUAGAUAUAUAGUCUGUGCUAUUAAUCAGUAUUAUAUUAUAUGUGUAUAGCAUGUUUGAUUUUUGUUUAUAUAUUUGUAUAUCAAAAGAAAUACAUUUCUC